CGUAAAAUCAAGAGUAUUUUGCGUCAAGACGUAUGUGAAAUCGUAUAGUGUUUACACGUGCGUUUAGUGACAAGUGGAUUCAAGUUCCAUACUGUAGUUGCGGCUUGUAUUCACGAGGGAAUCUGAUAAUAAAUGCAAGCGUAUUCUAGGUACCAGCUUAGAUAUGUUAUGUCAUAACUAACGGAAUAUUUUAAACGGCAGCGGUCUGUUUUCUGCUAGGUUUAGCAAUUAGCUAGCCUUAGCCUGCUAUUAAGACAGUUGUGAUGACGUGUGGUGUUAGCCACCAAUAUAGCUAACUCAUAAAAAGUGUGAUAUUUCUACGUUGCGAUGCUGUACUUUAUUGGGCUUGGGUUGGGAGAUGCAAAGGACAUCACCGUAAAGGGGUUAGAAAUUGUAAAGCAAUGCAGUCGUGUCUACUUGGAAGCCUACACGUCCAUAUUGACAGUUGGGAAAGAUGCAUUGGAGGAGUACUAUGGACGGGAGCUGAUACUGGCCGACAGAGACAUGGUGGAACAGGAGGCUGAUGAGAUCCUGAAAGGGGCUGACGUCAGUGAUGUAGCAUUUCUUGUGGUGGGAGAUCCAUUUGGCGCCACCACCCACAGUGACUUGGUCCUGAGAGCAGUGAAUGCUGGGAUACAGUACAGGGUCAUCCAUAACGCCUCUAUCAUGAACGCAGUUGGAUGCUGCGGCCUCCAGCUGUACAACUUUGGAGAGACGGUGUCCAUUGUGUUCUGGACAGACACCUGGAGACCGGAAAGCUUCUAUGAUAAAAUCAAGAAGAACAGGGACCUGGGGAUGCACACACUAUGUCUGCUUGAUAUCAAAGUCAAAGAGCAGUCCAUGGAGAACCUCAUGAGGGGCCGUAAGAUUUAUGAACCGCCCAGGUUUAUGACCGUGAGCCAGGCGGCUGAGCAGCUCCUGGAGAUAGUACAAAACCGGAGGGAGCGGGGAGAUGACCUAGCCAUCAGCGAGGAGACCAUAUGUGUGGGUCUGGCCAGGGUGGGAGCAGAGGACCAGGUCAUCCGCGCGGGGACACUCUGCCAACUGGCGUCAUGUGACCUGGGCGGCCCGCUGCAUUCCAUGAUCGUGACGGGUCACCUGCACCCGCUGGAGGUAGACAUGUUGCGUUUGUCAGCUGCCACCCCCGACGCACUGCAGGACCUCCGAAUGACCGACAGCUCAACGUACACCUCCUAAUGCACACAUACCGCCUCAAGAAUGACUCUCAGGAUCUACAAACGACCUAGCACACACAAAAAGUUCCAUACAUUAACACAGGACCAUGUGUCAUAUAGGCCUGCUAACUUCUUUUGUUGACUUGACACGCCUAGCCGAUGACCGAUACUAACACACCAGUAGAUCUGGAUCGACAUUAGGGUUAUGUAUUUAAACGUUCCAUCCCGAGAACCCGGUAUUUCCCACCGGAACUGUCAUUCUAAAGCAUAUAAAUAUCUCUGAUCAGCAUGAAAAUUCAAGCCUGAUGAGCCAUACAUUAAAAGACAUUGUAUUUAACAUUCA